CAGGAAGUAAACGUCAGUCUCAGUGAGAUGCAUGUUGAGCGAGUAGCCGUUGGAAGCCUUCGCUCCUUUUAAUUUGCUUUUAAAAAAUAUAAGUAAUUUGUCCCACGUCUGUGCGGCGUCUUCCUGAAUCCGUCUGUGGGAGUGCGGCGAGGCUGUCAUCCGUGUGCGGGGAAGCGCACACACAGACAUCCACCCAGACACACACAGAGACGUUGCAUGAUGGUGGACAAUGAGCUGGUCCAAGUGGGCAAGAGUCUGAGUGAUGCCAUAAGGAUACUGGAGGAUGGACCAAGAGACCCAGAGGCAGGACCAGAGAGACGGCGCUUCAGUCGAACCAGCAUCCCUGGACCACUGCAGGGAGACGGGCAGGAUGUGUCGGAAAUCCUGCAGCUUGUUCACAACCUGAUUCAUGAGGAAGAAGAGGAGGAGGAGGAGGAUAGAUCAAGCCAACAUCGGAUGCAUCACGUUGGAGAGCAGGGUCACAUGGCACUGCUAGGUCACAGCCUAGCGGCAUACAUUUCAGUUCUGGAGAGAGAACGACUGUGCAAGCUGACCACCCGUAUCCUGUCAGACACCACGAUGUGGCUCUGUAGGCUGUUCAGGUACGAGAAUGGGUCUGCCUACUUCCAUGAAGAUGACCGCGAAGGGCUCGUCAAAGUGUGUCGACUGGUCAUCAACUCCCGUUAUGAAGACUAUGCCACUGAGGGCUACUCGGUCCUCAGCUCACGGCAGCCAGUGAUUUACCAGAGCGCCGCCUGCAGGACUGGCCUCGGUCAGCACCUGUGCAACCAGCUUGGCCUGCCACUCUCCAGUCUGUGCACUGUGCCAUGCAACACAAUCUUUGGAUCUCAACACCAAAUGGAUGUUGCGAUGCUGGACAAACUUAUCAAGGAAGAUUUGGAAACUGGCAAACUCCCCCUGCUGUUGAUCGCAAACGCAGGUACUCCUGGAGCGGGACACACUGACAAGAUGGGACGUCUGAAGGAACUUUGCGAGCAAUACACCAUGUGGCUUCAUGUGGAGGGUGUCAACCUUGCCACCCUGGCUCUGGGUCAAGUCUCCUCUGCUGUGCUGGCAGCUACGAAAAGUGACAGCAUGACACUUACCCCCGGGUUGUGGUUGGGCUUACCUGCAGUAUCUGCCGUCACCCUUUACAGACAUGAAGAUCCAGCCUUGUCUCUGGCUGCAGGUUUGACCUCCAGUCAGCCUGUGGAGAAGCUCCGAGCUCUUCCACUCUGGCUCUCCCUGCAGUACCUGGGACAAAAUGGAAUUGUCCACAAAAUCAGACAGGCUGCCAGUCUGAGUCAGGAGCUGCUGCAGAAGUUGAAGUCUCUUAACUGCAUCAAAACAUCGGAUGUGCUUGAGACAGAGAUUUCUCUCGUGGAGGCUUUGAACAUGGUAGAGGACGAACUCACCUCUCCUGUGGUGCUCUUCAAGUUUUCCCCUCAGACCAGUGCUGCUUCCAGCCCAGGUUCAGUGGAAAGCUUCUGUGCUGGUGAGCGGGAAGUGCUUAAUGCCUUCAACAAAUGGUUGUGUGACCAGCUUGCUGAGCUUGUGCCAAACAGCGGAGUUGAUGUUCUUGAACUUGAAGACGAGGGCACCUGUCUCCGCUUCAGCCCCCUCCUGACUGCGGCCGUCCUGAGGACCCAGCCGGAGGAUGUGGCUAGUCUGGCGGAGAGUCUGAGUGAGCUGUUGCCAGUGAUGCUCUCCACCAUGAACUGCAGACAGGACUUCAAAGAGGAGACCCACAGGCUGGCACCGUACCUCAGAUACGUUGAAGACGUUAACUGGCCUGGACUUGGUGCUGUUCGGUUUGAGCCUCAGUCUGAGGGAAUUGAUGAGAGCAGGAGACAGAGGGAGCUGAAAGCCAUUAAUUCCGAGCUGCUGACGAAACUGCAGGAGCUGGAUCCUGAUAUAACCUUCUCAACUGGUCCUGAAUUCGGUGCAGAGGAGGACUGUGUUUUUGUGGGCAUGAUCGGUGAGGAUGUGGAUGUUGCGGAGCUGGUGGAAACGAUAGCUGCUCUUGGGAGAGACAUCGAAGAAAAUGGAAGGCUGCUGGAGAACAUGACUGAGGUGGUGAGGAAAGGAAUCCAGGAGGCCGAGCUGGAGCUGCAGAAGGCCAAUGAGGAGAAACUCAUGGAAGAGGGAAUGUUGCGACAGCUUCCUUUGGUUGGCUCUGUGUUGAACUGGUUCUCACCUGUUGAAAGCACCAUAAAAGGAAGAACCUUCAACUUGACAGCAGGUUCUCUGGACUCCACUGAGCUGACUUACUCCACCAAAGCCCAGCCAGGCCGGCCCACCUUGCAGGACUCCCCCACCUCCUUAUCAAAGAGGUUUCCAGGUCAGCGGUUAUUUCGGCGAUCAGGUGCAGGCACAGACUCAAUCAGUGAGACAAGCUCUAUAGGACAAGCCGAGGAGACGAGCAGCCCACAGGCCCACUCCACUGUAUCAGCACCUGAGGAGGACCCUCAGACCACCUACGAGAUCAUUCCAGAAGAAACCCUAGAAUCUGCUGUGCCGGAGAACCAGCUGGAGGAGAAGGACGCAGACUCGAUAGAGAGGAACCUUGAUGGCCAGGAGGUGGAGCAGAGUGGUCAGUAAGCUGCUGUUCUCUGAUCUGGACCUGCACUCCGAGGCUUGGAGCUGAGACAGAGUUGUUCUUUGGGAAGGUGAAGGGGAGACGGCCCCCUGGAUCCACCAGGGGAUUUUUAUUUACCUUACCCUGCACAUGUAGCUGAAGCUGCUGCUUUGUGGUGUCGGUGCAAUAAUACACUUAGUAACCGUGGCCUGGUUUUAAAUGGUGAACUCAGGCUGACUGUAAAAUCAGUUGCACUAAAGGAAGCCAUAAUCCAUGAUCCUCACUGGGCAUUGCUCUGUCAAUGUUUAAAGGUGUGAAAGCCUAGGGAUGAAGUAACUGAGGGUGUGGUUCACUGUCAAGUGUCAAAGCUUACAGACUUUUUUUUCCUCCUUAAUUAUCUCUUAAGCAAUAUGUAUUUCAAAAAAUAUGGUCUUCUGCAUUCUGUCUUGGUGGAAACUCCAUGUUCUUAUUAUCUCAAAUACCAUUAUUGUUUCAAGAAAUCCAGGUGUCACCUUGUGAACAGCUGUAUUGAAGCAGCCUGACGCGGCUCCACUUCACCCCAAACCUGUGCCUGCGGCAUCGACCCCCGUCCUGAGCCGUGUUUAGAGAAUUAAUCAUCAGCUUUCUUUGAAAAGAAAAAUGGAUUUAAACUCAAAGUCAGUAUUUAAGCAGAUGAUUUUUUAUGGAAAAUCUAUGUUGUUUCAUUUAAUCUUGCAAAUCAGAUUGAGGUGAGGAUUGUUUCCUGGCCGUUCCAGACAAAUAUUCCCUCUGUGAAUAUAGAAAUGUCAUACUUUGAAAAGCUUAACUGACCGGCACAGAGGUUUUGUGGAAUCCAUGUGGAGUCUUUCACCACAAACCCAAGUCUCAGAUUGUUGGUUCAAAGAGACCCAGUCGCAGGCUCAACUCAAACAUCAAAAUGGCCAAGACCAGAGAUCUGAACAGCUACUUGAAGAAAAACCAUAUGCAAGGGUCCGCAGCUUUGUUAGUCAUAACCAGACUUGUGUAUUUCUAGUGUAUUGCUCUGUUGUGAGGUGCAACAGCCGCUCGAUAGCCGUAUCCCUGCUGGUUGGUGCUCAGCCACUUUUCAUGGCCUCUGGAUGUUUACCGUCCAAGAAUGGAACAGUGACUUGAGGAAAAAGUAAAAAAACAAUGAAUUAAAUUGCGAUAGAGAUACGAAGUGUAGAUGUAAUGAUUUUGAAUAUCUAAUCUAAUCACAAUAAGUGGGUCUUAUAAUCCAGCAUAGCAACACUCCGGUCAGCUCCCUCACAAUGCUUUACUCACUGUAACCAAAUGUCCUCCAUGGAUACAUAAACAUCAGCUGAGCCAUUUUAACCCUGUGGUUGUAGUUUGUGCAAUGGCAGAGAGUCUGUGAUGCACAGUGGUUUAUUUUAAAAUGCACAGCUUGGCCUAGACACUUGAAAGGCAUGAAACCGCUCUAUCUAUCAGGAGUAACCCUGGACAUGUCCGCACUCUAUUGUUUUAACUUGAUUCAAUGACUAAUGCAAAAUAUUCAUAUUUAACAGAGGGACUGUCGUUUUCGUGAGAAGCAAAGUGAACCAAAUCCUUUUAAAUAGCUUCAAUAUAGCUGUGAACCCAAGUCUGCCGUCCGUCCUGUCCGAGCCAACUGGUGGCUUCUCCAAUAUCAGAGAUAUUACUGAAUCGUCCAUGUCCCACGCAAAAAAAUCUGAUGAUGUAAUUAUGAAGUCGUUUAUAUUUACCACACACAUUACCAGCUUUAAGUGAUGUGCCACUCUUGUCUCUUUCUUCUCUGUUCUAACAUCAACAGUUACUGGCCUUUUUAUUUUCCUUUGAAAAUCUUUGUCCUUAUUUCUCCGAUUUGUAAUUACAAAUUUAGAUUUGUAAUUACAAAUUUAGAUUCGUAAAUGCGUCUGACCGCCCCUCAUCCAUCUUUCGCUCAGUUUCUCUUUCUGGAUCAUGACUGUUUUGUUUGAAGAGACCGUCCUCUCUGCCACUGAUUGAAUGUUUUCUACCUUCACAGGAAGAUUGAAUGAUGUUGAUGUAAAUUUGUUGUCAUGAGAUAAAUUCUAACUUUUAUAAUCUACAUGUUUGUCAUUUAUUGAUGAUUGU